AUGACUUCCUCUAUCAGAAGAUUUCAAGACUUCCAAAUAUUGAAGCUGCAAAAGGAAUGGUUGUGGUCUCCACCACCGGACGGUUGGCUUAAGUGUAAUUUUGAUAGUGGCUUUGUAAUGGAUCGCUCUUUCACAAAUACUGGUUGGAUAUUACGUGAUAGUAAUGGUAAAAUGAUCAUGGCGGGAGGUGCUAAACUACGCUCUUCCAUAUCACCACUGCAAGCCGAAGCGCUUGGAUUCCUACAUGUCCUCCAGGUAAUGUGGACUCAUGGUCUACGAUAUAUAUGGUUCGAGAGUGAUAAUCGACAAUUAGUGACGCUGAUCAAUAAGGGAGAAGAUAAUGUGGUUCUCGGUCCGUUACUCAACGAUAUCAGGUUCUGGAUAUCCAAAUUUCCUAACUCAUCGCUGGAUCAUGUGAACCGAGAAAGAAAUUCGGCGGCAGACACAAUAGCUAAACAGGCUGCUACUAAUACCUCUAUGUAUACUCUAUAUACUGUACCACCUUGUUGGUUGGUUGACUAUUUGUAUCAACCUUAUACAAUCUAAUAUCAUUCAGAUGUUAAAAAAAAAAAAAAAAAA